UCGCUGCGUCCAGUCAGUUACACCUUCUGGGUCACUGGUGGCCACGGGGGCCGGGUGUGGCCUCGGCAAUGAUCCGGCAUUAAGGGCCUGGGGUCCUCUUCUGUCUCAGGUGGUUUGGGGAAAGUGUAGGGGCAACCAAGAUCAUCCAUUUGACUAGGCCUUUUGCCCUGAACCUCAUGAAGAAAUGAUAGGAGGCAGACAUACGUGCCUAAGAAGAGCACUGAGCUCAGAGGACAGCAAUACAGAGUUUUGGGGGUGUGCUUUGAUUUUUGCACCUCAAUGGCAGGAUCCUCCAACGAUUCAGACCACUUCCGCUCUCCUGACCGAUUGGGUCGAUGGGCUGCCAGUUCAAUACACAGGGAAACUCGAAAUCGUCCUACUGUGGAUGUUACUGAGAAGGUCAACACUAUAACAAGUACUUUACAGGACACCAGUCGGAACCUGCGGCAAGUCGACCAGAUGCUUGGACAGUAUCGAGAAUAUAGUAAUGGACAGGCGGGGGCUAUAGAACAUUUAAAAGAAAGCUUGGAACAAUCAAUAGGCCAACUGCGGAGUAAACGGUUAUUGAGAAACUCAGGAGGGAGAAGUAUUUCUGUUACAAGUCUGAGUACAAGUGACCUCGAUGGUGGCACUGUGACAGAGAGCCACCAUUUUCCACCUACCUCACCUCUGAAGGACUAUGGGGAUCAACAGGGUAUUAAACGAAAUAGGUCCAGAACUGGUGUCCGAUUUGUUCGGGAGACUGAUGACAUGGGCCAGUUUCAUGCUUUUCAUCAGUCCCUCCGAGACCUCAGCAGUGAACAAGUUCGCCUUGGAGAUGAUUUCAACCGGGAACUUGCCAGAAGAAGCCGGUCCGAUGCUGAAACAAAAAGGGCUUUGGAAGAACUGACUGAAAAACUUAAUGAAACCCAAAAACAAGAAGUGGUUUCAGAUCGGGUAGAGCGACGGCUUCAGGAAAUAGAAAGAGAGAUGCGUACAGAAAGAGAGCUGGUGGAAAGACGGCAGGAUCAACUGGGACUUAUUUCUUUGCAGCUACAGGAGGCAUUGAAGAAACAAGAAGCUAAAGCAGAGGAGAAUGAGGGAGUAAUGAAAAAUAAGCUAAGACAAAGUGAAACUGAAAAGAGUAAACUGGAACAGGAAUUGGAGCUAUCUCGAAGGUUAUUGAAUCAGUCCGAAGGCAGCAGAGAAACACUUUUGCAUCAGGUAGAAGAACUCCGUACACAACUUAUGAAAGCAGAAGGCGAUCAAAAAGGCUUAGUACAUCAAGUAUCUCAGAUUUCCAAGCAACAGUCAAACCAUCAGGACGAACAAGAAGAUGACUGGAGGUUUAGAAGAGGGGUUGAGCGGGAAAAAGAGGAUCUGGAGAAGCAGAUGUCAGAUUGGAGAGUGCAGCUGAACUUCAGUGCAAUGGCAUCUGAGUUAGAGGAAGUGAAGCGGUGCUUGGAGCGAAAAGACAAGGAGAGAGUACAUUUGGCAGCACAAGUAGAGAAUUUAACAUGUGAAUUGGAGAACAGGGAGAAACAGCAACUAGAGAUGUUGAGUGAACUGAAGGAGAUCCAGAAUCACUUUGAGACAUGUGACUCCAGACAUAAGCGCGCUGACCUCCAGAUCUCAAAGCUGACUCAGCAUGCUGAGGAUGCAACCAAGCAGGCCGAGCAGUACCUCCUUGAGUUCCAGCAGUCGGAGGCCCUGAGGAAGGAGGCAGAGGAGAGGAGAGAAGAGCUGAAGCUGAAAGCUCAGGAGUCCAUUAGGCAGUGGAAGCUUAAGCAUAAGAAGUUAGAGCGAGCACUGGAGAAACAAUCUGAAACUCUUGAUCAACUGACAGACAAGAAUAAUCAGAUUCUAAAAGAAAAGGAUGAAUUGAAAAGCCAGCUUUAUGCAGCAUUACAACAGAUAGAGAAUCUUCGAAAGGAAUUGAAUGAUGUGCUAACCAGGCGUGCCCUUCAAGAGGAGGAGCUUCACUGUAAGGAGCAGAAACUAAGUGAUGUUAAGUCUCAUCAAGCUGACCUUGAACUAGAAGUCAAGGAUUCCCUGGAUACCAUCCAUAGGCUAGAAAGUGAAUUGGAAAAGCAGAGUAAGAUUCAAAGCCAGAUGAAAGCUGAGAAAGCACACCUGGAGGAAGAAAUUGCAGAGCUGAAGGAGAGCCAGGCCAAGGACCAAGCUCAGCUUCUUGAGAUGCAAGAGGCCAUCAAGGACUUGAGUGCCAUCCGGGCAGAUCUCGCCAAUAAAUUGGCAGAGGAACAGAGAGCCAGGAAAGAGGUACUCAAGAACCUUUCUGACCUCAAGACGCAGGCAAAAUCCAAAGACAAAGAAACAGCUACAAUCAUUACACAGUUAAAGCUAGAAAGAGAUGUUCACCAGAGGGAGCUGGAAGAUCUCACAUCCUCACUGCAGAGUGUGAAAACUAAACAUGAACGGAAUAUCCAGGAGCUGAUGAAGCACUUCAAGAAAGAAAAGAGUGAGGCCGAGAAUCAUAUUAGGACACUGAAGGCAGAAAACUUAGAAGAUAAGAAUAUGGCUAAAGUCCAGCGUUCUCAGCUAGAGAAGUUGAAAUCACAGUAUGACAGGCUGACAGAGGAAUUAACUCAGAAUGAAAAUGAGAACAAAAAACUGAAGCUAAAAUACCAGUGUUUGAAGGACCAACUAGAAGAAAAGGAAAAACAUAUAAACAAUGAAGAAGAGCACUCAAGGAGGAUAGAAGAGGCCAGAUUGCAGCUCAAGGAUCAACUUCUUUGUCUGGAGACUGAACAGGAAUCCAUUCUUGGUGUGAUAGGAAAGGAAAUUGAUGCAGCUUGUAAAACCUUCUCCAGGGACUCAAUGGAGAAAUUGAAAGUUUUUUCAUCUGGUCCUGAUAUUAAUUAUGACCCACAUCGCUGGUUAGCAGAAAGCAAGACUAAACUUCAAUGGCUCUGUGAGGAACUGAGAGAGAGAGAAAACAGAGAGAAAAGUCUACGGCACCAGCUGAUGUUGUGCAGACAACAACUCGGGAACAUGACUGAAAACAAGGAAGCUGAGCUUCAGUGUCUCUUUGAACAGAUAGAAAGACAGGAGCAGCUUCUGGAAGAAAUACAUCAGGAGAAGAGAGACCUGCUGGAGGAGACUCACAGAAAAGAUGAAGAAAUGGAAUCUCUGCAGCCAAAGCUACUAUUUAAAAUGCCACCUUCAGAAGAUGCUAGUCAGACUGCAAUGAGAAAUCAGAAUGAAGCUCAAUUUGAAGAAAAAGCAGACCGUGUACAUGCGUUAGAAACGAGUACCCGAGUGGCCUUAGACCAUCUGGAGUCUGUGCCUGAGAAACUGAGCCUACUAGAAGAUUUCAGAGGCUUCAGAUGUUCGCGCAGUUUAUCUGACAGAAUUGACGGGAGAUAUUCUAAGUACAGAGUUCACAGAGAGUCUCUUCAGCAGCGCCUGGAUGACACCAAGUACAGAAUCCAAAGCUUCAAAGAUGAUGGAAACUUUGCUGAGAGUUCCCAGGCUCAUGGGUUAGAUCAGUCAUCCUCUUGGCAGGAUCACAGUUGCUUCCUGUCUAGUCCACAGUUUUCACACUUGCACUGUGUUAACGGAGGAGGUUGGACUAAAUGGUCUUCUGGGUCGCUUUCUAUCUCUGAUGGUCUGUGAGUCUGCUGUUGAAAUACACAAUGGCAUUCAUUCUUCACUGGAUUAAAACUGAACAGUGUAGUCUGAAUCUCUACUUUGAAGAUAAUUCUGACAGAUACAAAACCAUAUCUGGAUUAUAAACAAAUCUUGUCAAUGAUCUCUUCAAUAAUGACAUUUUCAUAAAAUCAUUUUACUUACGCAGUCUGCCUUCCUCCUUUUUCCAUGUUAUGUUUGGUUUUAAAAUGGUGUAGAAUUAGAAUCCUACCUCUACCACUGACUUACUAGCUGGGGUAAGUGUGAUUUGGGAUAGUUAACAUUUCUGAGCUCAUUUAUCUCAUCUGCACAGUGGAACUAAUUGUGUCUCCUUCAGAAGAACUGUUUGGAGACUUACGUGUAAUGGCACAUGAAAAAUGCCAGGCUCAGAACAUGGCACACAUUGGUUCUCCAUAAAAGUUUCUAACUUUUCUUUAACAUCUAGGCCUGAUCCCCUUAAUCUGUAAAAUUCUCCAGUGAGCUCAGAUUCUUGUUUCCUUUUACUAAACAGCAACAGAUCUCUCAAACUAUACAGCAAUCUGAGGUGAAACUAUUUGGAUUCUAGAAUUAGCAUAUUUAUUCUGUUAGAGUGUAUAAAUUCAUCAGAUAUUUCUUGAGUGCCAACUCUAUGCUGAAAUACUUUCUAUAGUUUAACUCAUUUACUCCUAACAAAAGCCUAUGAGGUUGGUAUUUAUCAUUUUCAUUCAGAAAUAUAUCUCACAUGAGGAAAUUGAGGCACAGAGAGGUUGAAUAACUUAUUCAAGAUCAUACAUUCAUAAGUAUGGAGCCCACAUUUGAAUGCAUGUAGUUUGUCACUCGGCCACAUUUCCAAACAGCCAUUUUAAUGAUUUUUAUUUUAAAAUGCAAAAUUCAGAUGUUUAAAAUGCAGAAGAAUUAAUGGCAUUAAGGAGUUUCUUUUUUUCCAGCAAGUCUUUUAAAUAGCAUUUCUAGGAAAAAAAAAAAGAGGUAACAACUGUUAACUCCACUGACCUUGCUUAAAUCUUACUAAGGCUUGGUAAUACAUUAGGUUUUGAUACAUCCUUCCUGCAGCCCAGGAGAGGGGAGAAAGAGCAGUCAGGUGGGGUUAGAGCCUAGGGGACUGAGCAGACUCCAUUUUCUGUCUCUACACUCU